GUGCCGCUUCCUCGAAGAGCAAGGCGUCGUGAAUGAUCUUCGCGCGCGGUUGCGCUACAAGUUUGUCGAAGCACUCACAAUCACCACGCGAAGUGCCAAGCGCUCUUCGCGCACGCUUCUGCAUCAGGCGGACCAGGCACGUCGUCCUCAAGAAUGUCGGUCAUAGUCGCAGCGUCUCGGAAGUUUGGCCACGCUUGGUGGCUGGUGGCUUCAACUUCGGCUGCGGGAAACUGCGAGGGCGAUGCUGGUCGCUCCUGGCAGGACAUGCAGAGCGUUGGGGUUGGUAGAGAGUCGCCCUCCGACAUCGGGGAUGGUGAAGGUUCCACGACUGAGAGGGGAACAGCGAGUGCAAGGAUGUCUGCGCCAGACUCCGAGGCGUGCGGCAAAGUAGCUGUCGUGAAGUCAGAUGGUGACAACGAUGGGGUGAGCCUGCCUGGAUACUAUCUCAACUGUCACUGUCGUCAAGUGAAUGUCAGCACGCUUCUGCUCGUACUGAAACCAGAGUGAUGGACUUAGAAAAAUUGAUGAUGAUGUCCGGAAAUUCGGGACUAAGCAAAGAAGAGAUGCUCAAGUUAUAUGAGCAGGAAUCACAGAGGCUUAGAGAUGAGAGAACAGCAGCUUGUGAGGUGGCCCGACACGCAGAGGAGAGAGCUGUACGAAUUUAGCAUUGGAAAAAGAGAUAGCGACGUUGGAAAUAGGAAAUGCAUUGGAUGAAAAAAGUCACAGCUUUGCCGCAAAA